GGUAUUCAGCACUGAACUAACAUGCUAGCCAUUAAUAUGGUCCUGGAAGAUAUAUUAUUUUCUAAUAAUUAUUUUCGGUUUUUCAUGACAGUAUUUGGUCCAAUGAUCUGUUUUUAUAUUUAGUUACUAUAAUACAGGUAACAUUGUUUUGAACGAUGGUCUUACACAAUAUCGAAUCGUUUUUAUUUCCGAAAGUUGCUAAACAUCAAGUGAGAUUUCAGGUCCUGCAGUGACGUCAGAGACACGAAGAUGGCGGCGUCCAUGCAGGAAGUUGGGUUUUCCGCCUUUUCAAAUGAAACAUGUUCUACUGAAAAAGUCUCAAGCGAAACAAAUGAGGAGGACGAUGCAACCGAAGAACCAGAAGAACCAAAAGAACCGAGAGUUCGGGAAACUCCAGAAGACAUCAGAUUCGAAGCCAUCGUUAACACCCUUGCUUUCCAUCCGACACGGGACAUCCUUGCAGCUGGUGACAUCGAUGGAGACAUCUACGUCUACUCGUACUCCUGUACAGAGGGAGAGACCAAGGAGCUUUGGUCUUCCGGACAUCAUCUCAAGUCCUGCCGCGAACUUUCCUUUUCUCAGGACGGCCAGAAGCUGUUCAGUGUGUCCAAGGACAAGUCCAUCCACAUCAUGGAUGUGGAAGCAGGGAAACUGGUCACCCGCAUUGCCAAGGCACACAGUGUCCCCAUCAAUGCCCUGCUGCUGAUCGAUGAGAACCUGCUGGCCACCGGGGACGACGGCGGUACUCUGAAAGUUUGGGACAUGCGUAAGGGGACGGCGUUCAUGGACCUGAAACAUCACGAAGACUACAUCAGCGGCUUGGCCAUUGACCAGACCAAAAAGAUCCUGCUCACUUCCAGCGGUGACGGGACGAUGGGCGUGUUCAACAUCAAGAGGCGACGGUUUGACCUGCUGUCAGAGUUCCAGAGUGGAGAUCUCACUUCUGUGGCCAUCAUGAAACACGGGCGCAAGGUGGUGUGCGGCUCCAGCGAAGGCACUAUCUACAUCUUCAACUGGAACGGGUUCGGCGCCACCAGCGACCGCUUCGCCGUCAGGGCGGAGUCUGUGGACUGCGUCAUUCCCAUCACCGACAGCAUCCUCUGCGCGGCCUCCAUGGACGGUGUCAUAAGGGCCAUCAACCUUCUCCCGAACCGCGUGUUGGGCAGCGUGGGGCAGCACGUGGGCGAGCCCGUGGAGCAGAUCGCCCGGUCCCGUGACACCCGCUUCCUGGCCAGCUGCGCCCACGACCAGCUGGUCAAGUUCUGGGACAUCUCGGGCCUGCCCGACAUGGGGGUGAGCGACUACCGGCGGCGCAAGAAGAAGGGCAAGAAGCUCAAGUCCCUCAGCAAGAAGGCCUUCGGCACCGGGGACGACUUCUUCUCCGGGCUGAUGGAGGAGACGGAAGAAAAGAAGGAUGAGGAGGAGGAGGAGGAAGAGGGAGACGACAGCGACAGCGGGAGCGAUUGAUUGCGUGGAAGUUUGGCGGGAGGGGGAGAUGGGAUUCCGCGUGCGGUGUUGGGUUCCGCCGAUGACGCAAGUCAUGCAGAUUGGUCGGCGGCUUGGGAGACGUUCCUGACGCAUGUGAAAUGGCCCGGAACUUUGUCACAAAUUGACCUCCAGACCCCCCGGCCACCCCCAACAGGGACGAAUCUUCUGACCAUAGUUUGACCCGCUGUUUGACCAGUGCUUGAAACGAUGCCAGGAGCAGAUCAUACUUGGUCGUCUGGACACUAGUAUACACUUCCAAAAAAAACUAGAACAUUCAUAGUGGCAUCCCAAUAUUUUUUGAUACAAAAGGAUUUGUACGAGUUUUGCUUUAAAGUGAAGACUAAUGUAGUGACUUACAGUCCUGACUCCUUGCGUAGGCCCUCAUGCAUUCACAUGUAAUGGGUUCCCUCGAGAGCCAUGUGAAACCUGAGAGGCCCCAAUGAGAGGGUGUGAGGAAAGAUGGGAUCUGGAGAGGGUCUGGUGCUAAUUAAGGGGUCAGAAGUCACCCUUCAGGGGUCCAGAGCCACCCCACAUGGGGCACCAGGACUUCUGAGGCUCUUGGCAGCUUCACACCAAGCCUGCUGAUAAAGUUGUGUGUGUGUGUGUGUGUGCGUGCGUGUGUGUGCGUAUGUUUUUGGGCACUGAAAUACUGAAAUAUCUGAUGCAGAAAUUAAUUCUAAUAAUAUCCCCAUCAAUUCAUGUGAGACAAUAAAAGUCCAUGACAUUUCUUAAAUGGAUUGCUGAGUUAAUAUAUACAAUAGAAAAGCCAUGGAAGGAAGUUCUGUUGGAAAACUUUGGCUUACUUGAAAUAUUCAAGACAUUUAUAAUUUUUUUUCACUUCUGGUGUUCCAGUGUGAGGCUCGGCUGUCUAGCCAGAAGACCACAUCCAGGCUGUGCCUGUCUAGAGUCUGACAGGAGUGUUAGAAUUAGCCUUUCAGUGAGAAAGUGAGGGCUUUCUGAGCUGAAGGAUCAUGGGAAGGGUGUGCCAUGUUAAUUCAGCAGCAUGGUUAGGUUAUUCUUUUCAAUAUGACCGCGCUGAAGUGCACUAUUUGAAGUGUUGGAUGCCAACAAACACAGCAUUUAAUUGCAUGUACUAACAAAGAAAGAUGCCCAUACCAGCCAGUUAGCCAUAAAAUAGCAGUUCCGUGGUUAUAUUCCUAAUGGUGUAAACUCCUGCAAAGAUACAGUGCAGUCAGCUCUGUGUAUCUGAAAAUCGUAUCCUUCCUUGCACACAUGCAUGAAAUGCUCUCACACAGCCUGCACAUACACAUGAAACGUUUGAAACGUUCUGAAACGUUCAUUUAAGUAUGUCAGUUUAUUUUUUCUUCUUGCUAAUGUUUUGUAUGUUUGUGCCGAAGUUUCAAAUGUGUGCGAGUUCUGCGUAAAAUAAAAUGAAAUGUAAAUGUUU